UGGCUAAGCCAGUCGUUGGUUCGCCGCUCACCUAAACGGCUUUCACCUGGCCGAUUACGAACAUCCUUGGUCAUCGACCGACUGAAACGAUCCUCUGCCAGCGAUUUUCGCGCGUACGAAUAUUCUUCUGAGUUCGUGUCGAUCGUGUAAUCGUUUCUAAUGCAACCGCGCGUACAGAUGGUUGCUGUUCCCCUCCGGGAAAUUACGUUUCCAUGAGAUCCGAAGAGGAAAACCAGUGGUACCAGGGUGGCAAAAAGCAUCGUCGUGGUUUCGGGAUACGUGUCGUUCACCUUUUAGACGAAUCCUAAGGUUCCAUCGGUUUUCCGGUGCCCGAAGGAGAUUUCACUUUCGUCCGACAGAAUGUCGAAAAAUCAGCAACAAAAUGGAAUGAUACCAGGCGGUGGGGCGAUUGCUGGUGCGGAUGACUUUUCGGACGGCGAGAGUACCCCAUUGACUCAAGAUUAUGGCGACAGUCAAAGGACGGUCGUGGAAACGAAAGGAUGGGACGUGUUCCGGAAUCCACCGCCGAAAAUUGAUUCCGGAUCGAUGGCUAAUCAAAGAUGCCUCGAGGUGACGGUACAAGUAACUAAAGUGAUCGUUUAUCUAGUGGUUUUUGUGAUAGUGUUAGGAAGCGGUGUAGUUGCCAAAGGAACGAUUCUAUUCAUGACAUCGCAGUUAAAAGCGGAUCGAAAGAUUGCUCUUUGCAAUAAACAAUUGGAUCUAGACAAGCAAUACAUAGUUACAUUACCAGAAGAAGAGAGGAUAGCAUGGAUCUGGUGUAUCAUUAUCGCCUUUGCAGUUCCUGAAUUCGGCACAUUGAUCCGUAGCAUUCGAAUAUGCAUAUUCAAAUCUUGGAAGAAACCACCUGCUUCUCAUUUCCUUCUCGUCUUUUUCAUGGAGACAUUUCACGUAGUCGGUCUUGCUUUAAUGUUCAUAGCAGUGCUUCCGGAUUUGGACGUGGUUAAAGGUGCAAUGCUGACGAACUGUGUGUGCUUCGUACCUGGUUUAUUAGGGCUUCUCUCUCGCAAUAAAACCAAAGACGAAUCGAAGAGAUUUGUCCUGGUGCUGAUCGAUAUUGCCGCUCUAGCCGCUCAAGGAACAAGUUUCUUCCUUUGGCCAUUAUUGGACAGUUCUCGACCAUCAUUAUGGCUCAUACCACCGUCUCUGUUCCUGGUUUCUUGCGGAUGGUGGGAAAAUUAUGUUUCGAUACAAAGUCCAAUCGGAUUUGUCAAGUCUCUAGGAAGGGUGAAGAAAGAACUGCGUCUGACAAGAUAUUUCACUUACCUAUUUAUGUCCAUAUGGAAGAUCUUAGCGUUCUUCAUCAGCACUGUAUUGAUACUAUACAUGAAAGGAGAAACCGUGGGACAUUUAUUUUCGAUGUUGAGCGACGCUUUUGGGAAGCAUAAAAUCGAAGCAUCGCAAGUGGUCUCUUCUCGAAUCACUGACAUCGCUGAAAUAUUGGAGACCAGCGACAAAAUACCCAUCGAUGCUGAUGUCCAAACUCCGAUUUUUGUUCUACUUUUGCAAAUAUUCGGUGCUUAUUUCGCGUACGUCUUUGGUAAAUUCGCUUGCAAAAUUCUGAUACAGGGAUUUAGUUAUGCCUUUCCUGUGAAUCUGACAAUACCGGUAUCGAUCUCCCUAUUGAUCGCCGCAUGCGGCCUGAGGAACAGCGAUCCUUGCAUAUUUCGUGGCACUAUCCCGGAUUAUUUGUUUUACGAAUCGCCACCGUUCCUCAAUGAUUUCGUGUCUAAGCAAUAUGCCUGGGUAUGGUUGCUCUGGUUGUUGUCACAAACGUGGAUUACCUUGCACGUUUGGACACCGAAAUGCGAACGUCUCGCAGCGACCGAGAAGCUGUUCGUCGUGCCAAUGUACAAUUCCUUGUUGAUUGAUCAGUCGAUGGGUCUGAAUCGGAAGCGAGAUGAUCAACCGGAGGUGAAAGUUGAGGAUCUGGCAGAGAUAGAGAAGGAAAAGGGAGACGGAGAUUACGAGACCAUAUACGAGCAGACGGACGGUUCAACAACACCACCGUCGACAGUGAAAAGCAGCGAUCACGUAACCAGGAUAUAUGCCUGCGCAACGAUGUGGCAUGAGAACAAGGAGGAAAUGAUAGAAUUCUUGAAGAGUAUCCUACGCUUGGAUGAAGACCAAUGUGCCCGACGUGUUGCCCAAAAAUAUUUGAAAGUAGUCGAUCCAGAUUACUAUGAAUUUGAGACUCACAUCUUUUUCGAUGACGCUUUCGAGUUAUCGGAUCAUGAUGAAAAUGAGUCCCAGGUGAACUGGUUCGUGAAAUUACUGGUGGGUACGUUGGACGAGGCUGCAUCGGAUGUCCAUCAAACGCGGAUGCAUGUGAGGGCCCCGAAGAAAUAUGUAACGCCUUACGGUGGUCGACUGGUAUGGACUCUUCCGGGAAAAACGAAGAUGAUUGCCCAUUUGAAGGACAAGAGUAAGAUUCGUCACAGGAAACGUUGGAGUCAGGUUAUGUACAUGUACUAUUUACUUGGUCAUCGAUUAAUGGAGUUACCAAUUAGCGUAGAUCGUAAAGAAGUGAUCGCAGAGAACACUUACUUAUUAACACUUGAUGGUGACAUUGAUUUCCAACCGGCUGCUGUGAAAUUACUGGUGGACUUAAUGAAGAAGAACAAGAACCUUGGUGCAGCUUGUGGUCGUAUUCACCCAGUUGGUUCAGGCCCUAUGGUAUGGUACCAGAUGUUCGAGUACGCUAUCGGGCAUUGGCUGCAGAAGGCAACCGAGCAUAUGAUCGGUUGUGUACUUUGUAGUCCUGGCUGUUUCUCGUUGUUUAGAGGUAAAGCUUUGAUGGAUGAUAACGUGAUGAAGAAGUAUACGACGAGAUCGGACGAGGCAAGACAUUAUGUUCAGUACGAUCAAGGAGAGGAUCGAUGGCUUUGUACUCUUCUUUUGCAACGAGGUUACAGGGUUGAAUAUUCAGCAGCCAGCGAUGCUUACACACACGCACCGGAGGGCUUCAAUGAAUUUUACAAUCAACGUCGUCGAUGGGUGCCGUCUACCAUAGCCAAUAUAAUGGAUCUUUUAAUGGACGCGAAACGAACGAUCAAAAUUAACGACAAUAUUUCUCUUCCCUACAUCUCUUAUCAAAUUUUGCUUAUGGGUGGUACAAUCUUAGGACCAGGUACGAUCUUCCUCAUGUUGGUGGGUGCCUUUGUAGCUGCUUUCAAGAUUGACAAUUGGACCAGUUUCUAUUACAACAUUAUCCCUAUUUUAUUAUUUAUGCUCGUAUGUUUUACAUGUAAGGCGAAUAUUCAAGUAUUUAUGGCAGCACUGAUCAGCACCCUGUAUAGCAUGGUAAUGGUUGCUGUAAUUGUUGGAAUUGCAAUAAGCAUCUCUCAGGAUGGAGCAUUGUCACCUUCCGCGCUGUUUGUUGCACUACUAAUAAGUCAGAUGGCGAUAGCCGGAAUAUUGCAUCCCGCGGAAAUAAACUGCCUAUUAUACAGUCUCAUCUACUUUAUAACAGUUCCCUCAAUGUACGUUCUGCUUAUUAUUUACUCGAUCUGUAAUUUGCAUGACAUUACGUGGGGGACCAGGGAAGUACCAGUUAAGAAAACUGCCAAGGAACUUGAACAAGAGAAAAAAGAAGCCGAGGAGGCGAAACAGAAAGCGAAACAAAAGUCCUUGUUAGGCUUUCUGCAAAAUGGCGUUGGGUCGAACGAAGACGAGGAGGGAUCGAUAGAAAUCUCCUUGGCAGGAUUGUUUAAAUGCAUGUUCUGCACACAUGGUCAGACUUCUAAUGAAAAACAACAAUUGGUCGCCAUUGCCGAGUCGUUGGAGCAAGUUGGCAAACGUUUGGAAGUCAUUGAAAGGGCUGUGGAUCCUCAUAGUCACUCAGGACGAAUACGCGCAUCCUCCGCGGGUUCCCGGAUUGCUGAAGAUCAGGACUGCAAUACCGACGCGGAAACUGUGACUAGUCAAAAUACCGAAGGCAAUCGAGAGGGUAGUCAUUUCCUUAGUAGGCCCUAUUGGCUGAACGACGAUGGACUGAAAAAGGGUGAGAUCGAUGUACUGUCGCUUCAAGAGGAACAAUUCUGGAAGGAUCUUCUGGAGAAGUAUCUCUAUCCUAUCGACGAAGACAAAGCAGAGAAGGCACGAAUCGCCAAAGAUCUAAAGGACCUACGUGACCAGAGUGUGUUUGCGUUUUUUAUGCUGAAUGCCCUCUUCGUCCUGAUCGUCUUUCUACUCCAAUUAAACAAAGAUUUGUUGCACGUGAAAUGGCCAUUCGGUAUCAAGACGAACAUCACCUAUGACGGAAGCUCGCAGGAGGUACACAUUACAAAGGAGUACCUCCAACUCGAACCAAUUGGUUUGGUUUUCGUAUUCUUUUUUGCGCUGAUAUUGGUGAUUCAAUUUACCGCCAUGCUGUUCCAUCGAUUUGGCACGUUCGCCCAUAUCUUAGCCAGUACCAGCCUCGAUUGGUAUUGUUGCAAGAAGACGAAGGAUUUAUCGGAGGAAGCAUUACUAUCGAAACACGCGGUGGAGAUAGUCAGAGAUUUACAAAGAUUAGACGGAAUGGAGGGUGAUUAUGAAGAAGGCAGUGGUAGCGGUCCUGGAAGAAGAAAGACGAUAAGAAACCUUGAAAAGAGUCGGAGAAAGACUCAAGCAAUCAAUACGCUUGAUGUUGCUUUUAGACAGCGAUUUUUCAGUAUGUCCGAAGGAAACGGUUUACCAAGGAACAUGUCAACCAGACGUUCAGCAAAAGCUUUCAAGGCUUUUGAAGGACGUAGGAAUAGCAUAAUGGCGAGGAGGAAAUCGCAAAUGCAAACUUUAGGAGCGAACAAUAUUUACGGAGUGGCAGGGAAUCCUUUAGGAAUUCAAGGACGUCCGUCGAGAAGCAGUCAGAUUUCUGUUAAGGACGUGUUCGAGGGACACGCUGGACACACGAAUUCCGCUUAUGAACCAGACGAGAAUACCGGCAGUAGCCUUAGGCUUCAAAACUUGGCUCAGAACACGUGGAGAGAGGCGAACAAUAUCUGAUCGGACCAUUUUCACGAACAUGUAUAACGAUGACUGCCAUUCCUAUCAUUCAACUGACCGAAAGAGAUUAAAGAAUGGCCUAAAAAUGACAGAAUGGAAUUUCAUAAGUAUCACCAUGCAUUUCUCGUGUAGCAAUUAUUCAAUAAUUCGAUUACUUAUGAUAUAAGAGAAGUAUGAAAAAGACUGCCUUCGAGUAGACUAAUUUAUGAUGAAACGAAUGUGAAUCAGGGCCGUCUUUAACUUCUCCCUUUAUUUAUUUUUAAAAAAAAAAGAAAAAACAAUGAAGUUCCUUAAUUUCAAGUUCUUGAACUUCAAAUACUAUUAAACUGGACUUCAAAGUCGUUAAACUUGAAAGAGUUAAAGACAGUCCUGAAGAAAAAAAGAUAUCAUUUUUUUUUAUAAUAUGUGAUUAGAUAUUUAAGAUAAACGAACUGACCGGUGAAUAGCGCAACUAUCGUGUGAUAAUUGACGGUUUUACACGGUUGAUCUUUUAGAAGAUUGGCUGUCGUUUAUAUCUGUGUGGCAAUAAUCACAAUCAUCUCACGCUUACAUUUCUUCGCUCUUUUAAACGUGAUACCGCCAUUUGUAAUAUUUAAUAGACGUAGGUUCUCUUUUUGUACAUAUCGCGUGCGUACGUGUAAAUUUAAGCUAAGAAAAGAAGGUUGUGUUGAUUGCAAGCGGAAUAAAGGCUACAACGAUCAGCAUUCAA